AUGGGUCUCGAUAUCCAAAAGCACCACGUCAAGAAGGGCGCACGUCAGGCACCCAAGUCAGACAACGUCUACCUCGCCCUCCUCGUCAAGCUAUACCGGUUCCUCUCCCGCAGGACGGACAGCAAAUUCAACAAGGUCAUCCUCCGUCGUCUCUUCAUGUCAAAGACCAACCGACCUCCCAUGUCCAUCUCCAAGGUCGUUCGCGAGCUCAACGGCAAGGACCAGACUGUUGCUGUUGUCGGUACCAUCACCGAUGAUGUGCGCAUGUUGCAAACCCCCAAACUCUCCAUUGCCGCUCUUCGUUUCACCACCUCUGCUCGUGCGCGCAUUGAGAAGGCCGGUGGUGAGUGCUUGACAUUCGACCAGUUGGCCGCUCGUUCCCCAACUGGCAGCAAUGUUGUCUUGCUCCGUGGUUCACGAUGGCGUGAAACCCUCAGGCACACCAACAUGCACCCUGGUUCUCACUCGGCGCCGUACGUGCUCAAGGGCAAUGGCAAGCGCAAGACGCAGGAAAUUGCGCGUGGUCGCCGAAAGUCUCGUGGUUUCAAGGCAAAGUAG